AUGAUUUCAACAAUCGGCACAACAACAAUUCAAACAACAGCACCAAACUCGUUAGUCAUGAAUCCAACAUCUAUGUUAGUAGAAAUGAAAAGCUUCAUUCCUUCUUCAUAUACUUUUGAAACAGAAAUCCAGAAGAUAAAGCAAGAACUUUUAACAAGUAAUUUAGACUGUAGUGCGAAAGAUGAAACAAAUGAACAGUAUCUUUAUGAAAUGGAGGACCUCAUCGACCAUUUACCCAAAUUGCCUGAAAUCCAACAACAAAAACUCACUAUUCCUGAAUUCGAUGAAAUAGAAGUGAAACCAACUGACUCAGUAGAAAUAAAGAAGUUCAUACGAAAGGUAAACUAUGAGUUUCUAGGAUUUCAUUGCAACCAUAAGGUUAUGGACAAAGAUUGCGACAUGGUAUAUAAGAAUGUUUCUGACAUAUAUAAAUCUGAAGAAUUUAAGACCUACGACAACUUUGUUUCGUUAGUUGCUGAAUGUGUUUGGGAAAUAAGAGAUAAAGAUAGAAGAGGCAAAGUAUGGAACAAACAAAUAAGACCCGCUAUGUUUGAGAUGAAGAGAGCAAUUGACGCUUUAGUUGUUUUAGCUGGUUUUAUUUCAAUGUAUAACGCAAAAAUGAACCCGCAAU